AAAGCGAGCUCGGAGCGGAUCGAGCGGAAGAAGAGGUAGUAGUCCUCUCCUGCUGCUCACAGCUCACUUGCUGAGCCAGCUCACCCUUCUCCGACGACACUCCAAAGCGCAGCUCGCGCGCGCACGAGCUCCCAGAUCCCAAUUUGUCCCCCUGCGGACAGAGGAUAGCUCAGAUGGCGAUGCCCGCGCGGCCGCUGCUGGUGCUGGCCGCCCUGCUGCUCCCGGCGCUCCUGCUCUCCGCCGCCUCGGCCGCCGACAGCAAGAACAACCCUGCCGAUCAGCUCGUGGCAUUGAUCAACAGCAACCGUACUGCCAGCAAGGCCUCUUCCCUUUCUGAUAAUCAAGGUCUGGGAUGCAUUGCUCUCCAGUACAUCAAAGCAUAUGAAGGUCAAUGCAGUGAUGUGCGUAACAAGAAGCCUCCGGAGACCAGUUUCACCGAAAUAUUCGCCCCGAGCUGCGGUGUCCAAGUGGCGACGCUUUCCAAGAUCACUGGGAGGCUCAUGGGUUGCCAGUCCAAGUACCCGUCUCCGCCUGAGGCCUUCCACAUCCUGGUUAACGACGCCAAGGACCUCCAGGUCUUGCACAGCAAGAACCACACCGAGAUCGGGGCAGCCGUGAGCGGCACCGACGGCGGCGGGCCGUACUUCUGGUGCGUCCUGUUCAGCGGUGGGAAGCCCGCCACCAGCUUCAAGGUGGACGGCGAAGUGCCCAAGACCGCCAUGCACCCGGGAUGCUUCAGCGGCAACAACGACGACUGCGCGGGCCCGACGAACGGCGCCGUUCCGAUCAGUGCUGGCGCGUCGAGGCUGGUGGCAGCGCUUCUUUUUGUUGUAGCUUGCGCCUUCGCUUUGUGAGCUUGAGUAGGGGGUGCUGUUUUCCACCAUUCUUUUGCUUCGUGAGGAAGGAGCAGCGCAGCACCCUCCUGCUGCAGUGCUUCUACUGCACCAUUCUUUUGCUUGUUUGAGCAGAUGAACUAUGUAAGGAUCUGAAGAUCAUUGUUCAGCGUUUGAGUCUACCUGUUGCCUGUUCAGAAUCUGAAGAUCAUUGUUCAUCAUUUUGAGACUAUCUGUUACCUGUUCAGAAAUCA